AUGGAGAACAAAACCCAACCAUCAGGUAGUAGCCCUCCCCCAAAACCAUGGGAAAGAGCUGGAUCCUCUUCUGGGCCUGCACCUUUUAAACCGCCAUCUGGUGGCAGCACGAGUGAUGUAGUAGAGGCAUCUGGAACGGCAAGACCUGGUGAAGUUGUUUCAUCUGCUGAUAGGAAUACUACUGUCAACAGAAACACGCUUGCGAGGCCAGUACCUGCUAGACCAUGGGAACAGCAUACUUAUGGGAGCACGCUUGGAGGUUAUGGUUCCGGUUUGAAUUAUAAUUCUGGUUAUGGCUCGGGGAUGUAUGGUUCACAUGGUGGAGGAGUUGGAGGAUCGUAUGGUGGUGGAUUGUAUGGAAACAACAUGUAUAGAGGAGGUUAUGGUGGACUUUAUGGAGGUGGCAUGCAAGGAGGAAUGUAUAAUGGUGGUUUUGGGGGCCCAAUGGGAGGUUAUGGAAUGGGAACGGGGGCCCCGUACGGCGAUGAUCCGAACAAUCCAUAUGGUGCUCCGUCUUCUCCACCAGGAUUCUGGAUUUCCUUAAUGAGAGUGAUGCAAGGUGUAGUAAACUUCUUUGGACGGUUUGCAAUCUUGAUAGACCAGAAUACACAGGCAUUCCAUAUGUUUAUGUCUGCUCUUCUCCAGUUGUUUGAUCGAUCCGGGUUACUAUAUGGGGAGCUUGCCAGAUUUGUGCUGAGACUGCUGGGAAUGAGAACAAAACCCAAGAAAGUUCAUCCUCCUGGCGGUGAAGGGCUUACCAGAGCUCCCGAUCGCUCGGGAUUUCAAAAUUACCUUGAUGGACCCAAGGCUGCUCCAAGUGGUGCUUGGGAUAGUGUCUGGGGAAAUAAUGCAAAUUAA